AAUAAAAAAUUAAAAUUAAUAAAUUUAAAAAAAUUAAAAUUAAUAAAUAAUGUGCAUUCCAAUGAAGUAAAAAUUUAAGCAGAUUUAAAAAAAAAAUUGAAAAAAAAUAUAAAAAAAAAAUUGAAAAUAAAUUUAUGAAAAUAUAAAAAAUUAUUUAUUUUAUAAAUACCACAAAAUUAAACGCAGCAGUGCAGCGUAAAAUCGCGGUUGCGCUACUUCGUCAUAUUUCCUUCAGUUAAUGGUGCUUUGAAGUGCUGCGUUUGUUGUAAUUAAUUAAUUCGCUUUAUUGCGGUUUUGCGCUUUGACGCCACCCGUUGCAAUUGGAUUAUUGGAUAAUGACGCUGCAAACAAACAUAAAUAUUUAAUACUACCGAUAAAAGUUUAAAUCAUUGACUGGAAGAGUGGAGUACUAUAUACCAAAGUUUUAGGCUUCAAUUAUACCUAUAGCACCAUGGAUGAAUUCCCCGUCGUACAGAUACCAGAAGAUGAAGUACUCGAAGAGGAGGAAUUCGAACGUUUGUACUCCGCUCCAAUAGAAAUUGUAAUAAUACUCUCCAUAUUUUACGGUGGCAUAAGCAUUUUAGCAAUUAUUGGCAACUCUUUAGUCAUUUGGGUCGUAAUAACAGCACGACAAAUGCGCACCGUCACCAAUACAUAUAUAGCAAAUUUGGCUGUUGCCGAUGUCAUCAUUGGACUUUUCUGUAUACCAUUUCAGUUUCAAGCAGCUCUUUUACAACGUUGGAACUUACCUUGGUUUAUGUGUGCCUUUUGUCCUUUCGUUCAAACGUUGAGCGUCAAUGUUUCCGUAUUUACACUGACCGCCAUUGCGAUUGAUCGACAUCGUGCGAUUAUCAAUCCUUUAAGAGCACGUCCUUCGAAAUAUAUUUCGAAAUUUAUACUGUUUGGCAUUUGGUUAUCAGCAUUCAUAUUCGCCAGCCCAAUAGCUAUCGCAUUUCGCGUCGAAGUGAUGCAUGAACGUUACAGAGAGGAUGGUAUCAUCUAUAAUGUCACGCGACCCUUCUGCACGAAUGUCAAUCUCACGGACGAACAACUAAAGGCUUACCGUUAUGCGCUUGUAAUCGUACAAUAUUGUGUGCCCUGCUGUGUCAUCUCCUUCGUCUACGUACAAAUGGCUGUCAAAUUGUGGCUCACCGAAACACCGGGCAAUGCUGAGGAUACAAGAGACAUGGCAUUGAUGCGAAAUAAGAAGAAAGUCAUAAAAAUGCUGAUUGUUGUUGUAAUUGUAUUUGGCAUCUGCUGGCUACCCUUACAGUUAUAUAAUAUACUGUAUGUGACCAUACCGGAAAUAAAUGAAUAUCAUUUUAUCAGCAUAAUAUGGUUUUGUUGCGAUUGGCUGGCGAUGAGCAAUAGCUGUUACAAUCCCUUCAUUUAUGGCAUUUACAAUGAAAAAUUCAAACGAGAAUUCAAUAAACGCUUCAAUUUAUGCUUCUGCAAAUUUCGCACCAAUAACGAGCCACAUGAACGCACUCUAUCAAUGCAUACGAGAGCCACCUCGCUGCGCUCGAACUUCGCCAAUUCGUCAAUGCGUAUACGCAGUAACCUGUAUGCCGAGGCGACUGCUGGUCAAAAUAGAUCAGAUAUCUACUAUACAUACCGUUUGGCGCAUAUGCCACGUCAAAGCCGGAAUGGCAAUAACGCAACGACAUACAAUAUAAUUCCAUACCCGCAGAAAACGUCGCAGUUGCUUGAAUAUAACAAAAAUGGCGCAGAGUUGCAUAAUGCUGUUGUGGCGGGCAAUGCUGGUCAAAAUGUGCCACAGUGGCGACGCAACAACUUUAAGCCACUCUAUCCGGAUGUAAUUGAAUGCGAAGAUGACUUGGAUACGCUGAUGCAUUCGACACCCUCGUCGGAGGAGCCGAAUUCCAACUCGGCGGGAAACGGUAAGGGAAAUGUGAGCGCCGGGCCGGGUUUCAUAUUCAAGGCCAAUGGGAAAAGAUAGCCAGGAACUCUGCCGUGCUAACAGAGUUGCAUAACAUCCUUGUGAAAUCUCAAAAUGGAAAUGAACGCAAGCAACAAUUGAGCGUAUGUGCCGUUGGGGCAACGCCAAGUUCGGGCUUUCGGGGCACUUGUGCUCAUAUUCGUGUGGCUAUUGUUGCUGGUAGAAUUUGCCGUUUUUUGACAAUAAAUUCCUGGUAUCGAGAAGAGACGCGUAUGCGUUGGCCAGCGUUGGUUCGGGCAAGCAAUUCUUUAAUUUACAGUUCGCCAAAAAUGAAUGCGAAGAAACCGUGGCAUCUUACUGAUGAAACCUUGGCAGCUUCUAGGCAGUGCUGUGUGAAUAUGGCGGUAGUAAAAAGCAAUUAUAUGUUUAUAUUCAUAAUAUACAUAUCUCUAUGUGGUUUUAUGUGUGUUCUCAAAACGGAUUUGUUGUUUAUAAAAUGACAAAUUUUGUUUUGAGCUAAAACAAUUUUCAAGUGUGAUAAUAAUGAUUAAAAUUCU